UACAUAACGAUAUGAACCCAUUUUAGCUCCAGAAAGCUUCCCCUAUACAAUAUAUGUACGACAUGGUAUUCUACAUACCUACACUUUACCUACAUACAUAGCAUAUACCUAAUAUUGACUUCUAAUUUCUAAUUAUAUCUAUAUCGACUUGCUCACAAAGUUACAUGUACUCACUCACCCUAACAGAAUAAGCUUUCUUCAACCCCAAAACUCAAAACCAACUGAACCAAACUAUUACAGCCCGACAUUCUACCGGGCCGUUCCCUCCCCCCUUCCCUUCCCUCGAGAAGACCAACCAAGGAGGCUACAUACCCAGGAAAUCGAAUAAGAGUAUUAAAGACAAGGCCAACUCCAGAAGACGAAGACGGAAGCACAGCCAACCAUGGCGAACCUCCCCUCCCAACACCCACACCUCUCCCUCCACCUAACCGACCGCGCCCUAACCCCCCUCAUAACCUCCUCGCGCUCGCGCCCCCAGCUCGACGCCCUAACCUCUCUAUCCCACUCUGCCCUCAACGCCCACGAGUCCGCAUUGCGCCUCGGCCUCGGCGCACCGCAGCGCAUCAUAGUCGAGCACGACACCAGCACCAGCACCCUCUCCUCCUCUACCUCCUCCUCCCUAACCACCUCCUCAUCCGCCUCCCUCUUCCCCACCGGCCCCGUCCUCCUCCAAUCCUUCCUCCGCGCCAACCCAUCAUCAUCUCCCUUCCCGCCCUCCCGCCCCUCCACCAGCGCCGCCGCCAGAACAAACGGGCAGCCUACCCCUCGCGGCGCAAGAUCCGGCAACGACUCCUCCUCCUCCUUCGUCUCUAAUAGCGACAGCCACCACGACGAAGACGAAUCAACCCCUCAACCCGAAAACAGCCCCUCUCCCGCAACAAGCCCAACCCACACCCACACCCUCGAGCAACGCCUACACAACCUCCAACUCCAGACCACCGGCAUCAGCGCAAUGAUAGACGACACAGGCGGCGGCUCCCCCUCCUCGGAAGAAGACGCGAAUGCCCCGCCGAUGCUCGUGAGCAUCGUGAUCGCGCCCACCGCCGACGACGCGCGCGAUGGCCGCCGCGCGGCUGCGAGGCUCGAGCGUGUGGGGAGGGAGGUCCAGGCACGGUGGGCUGGGGCGCAGGAGCAGCAACAGUCGCAGCAACAAGCCGAAGAGGGGUUGGAGGAUGGGAGAGGAGGGGUAGACGGCGGUGCGGGGGACUGAAACUGAGCGGGGGAGGCAAGAAACACAGCGGAACACAGCAGAAACAAAGGGGGGAAAUUCAGGAAACACAACCCCGAACUUGAGAAAUCAAGAAAGUCCGGGAGGAUUAAGUUAAAUCCCGGUCUUUAAAAGCUAGAGGAAAAUAGAAAGGCGACAAGGAGACUGGCGGGGCGGGGUGGGUGGGAGAGAAGGGGUGUUAUUCUACGAUGGGCCACCUUCGUAAUGAUGAGAAGCUACGGAGUAGGUUGGGAGGUAUCCAGGGGCAAACUCCUAUGAAUUGAGAAGGCCCCCCGGUGGUGGCACUACUGGGGCAAACCCCCCCUCCCCCCCGGGACAGAGGUAGCGAAUCAAGCUAUCCGAGCAGAACACUCAAAUUUGAUCCCAAGGAAGGGAAAUCUCUAGCGAAAAGCUAAAGAGAGGCCUUUUUCUUCUUAGCUUGAGC